ACGCAUUGCGCGUACGCUGCUAGACUUUCGGCUCGGCUUCAAAACGGCUCGACGACAUCAGAGCACACUCCGCUGUGCAGAGUUCACGACGCUCGCUCGCUUGCUUGUUCGUCCGGAGAGCCGGCUGGUGCGGAUCGAGGGGAGGAAGCGAGGCGAUAGGGGAUCGAUCGAUCUGAUCGUGAGUUAGGAGGAGCUGAAGUUGAAAAAAUGUCGUCGGAGGAGGAAGUGAGAGACAAGGGAAGCAAGUCUGAGGAGAAAGACGACGGAGACGGAGGCUUUUUGGACAGGAUUGGCGACUUCGUGAAGGAUGUGGGAGAGAAGAUCGCAGAAACCUUCAGCUUCGGGAAGCCCGAUGCCGACGUCACGGGCAUCAACAUCCCGCACAUCAGUAUGAGCGAGGCGGAGAUCGUCAUCGAUGUGUUGAUCAAGAACCCGAACCCCGUGCCGAUUCCGCUGGUGGAUAUCGAAUACUUGGUCGAGAGUGAUAAGAGGAAGCUCGUUUCCGGAACGAUUCCCGAUGCUGGUACCAUCCACGCCCACGGUUCCGAAACCGUGAAAAUUCCCAUUAAGCUCAAUUUCAAUGACCUUUGUGAUACCUUCGAUGACAUCAACCCAGGACAGAUCAUUCCUUACCUCUUGAGAGUGACUCUGCUCGUCGAUAUACCGAUCAUCGGAAGAAUUAGCAUCCCUAUGGACAAGGAAGGCGAGAUUCCCAUUCCCGAGAAGCCGGACGUGGACCUCGAGAGAGUGAAGUGGACUCAUCUGGAUCUCGACGAGACCGAAGCCGUUCUCCACUUGAAAGUCGAAAACAUGAAUCCUUUCAAGAUGGGAAUCACCAAAUUUGCAUGCGACAUCACUUUCGGCGAUGUCUCGAUCGGAAAGGCUACUCUGGGAGAGUCUAGUAUGGUCACAGAGAAAGGCCCCAACGGCGAGAAAGGGAUCGGCCGCUUGCAAGUUCCGAUCACGUUCCGACCCAAGGACUUCGGAUCGGCCUUGUGGGACAUGAUCAGAGGGAGGAGCACUGGCUACGCUCUGAAAGGAAGCAUCGAUGUGGACACUCCAUUUGGUCCUAUGCACCUGCCGUUUCUCAAGGAAGGAGGUAAGACCAAAUUCCGAGGCGAGGACGAAGAUGACGAUGAUCGCGAUGACGACGAGUAAAUGCACAAGAAUGAAGGUGCGAUAUCAUGUUUGUCUCCAUCCUCACCUGGACACAAUGUUGGAGACUGCUGUUUACAUCUCUCAAGUUUCCUUGUAUGUCCGAGGAAUUAGAGAAUUCAUCUGUAAGUUUCAAUGGUGGAAGAAGUAGGCAAGGACGCAUGCACUGCCUAUGUCCAGGAUGGGCCCUCCCACCUUAACCUUAACUCAUUGUUCUCUUCGCUCGUUCGGAGUUCUCUCUGCUUGACAUGUUCUGGAUCUCCACAUCAUGGCGAUUUUUGUUGCGGAAAUGUCAAGUCCAGAGAACAUCGCCUUGUUAUUUUUUUGUUAAAGUGUAAACGAUAAACACCCCGCCGAAGAGCUGAGCUUAAACGGUGCAGUGAUCCAUAUGAUCAAACUUACAGAGAGACAAUUACUGCAAAUAGAGGAGAGUUUUAGCAUCAUAAAUUAUAGGCGCUGGAAUCGGAGCUGAGUGUUGCUUUGAAGCUUGCAGAUACGCGCAGCGCAGUUCAAUUGCUCCUGGUGAUUCGUUUGGGGCGGGACAGCAUGAAUCUUUGCCAAAACCGUAGCGAUUCAAGGUCACACCGCUCGCUCGUGGUACGACGGAGGAGAACGGUACGAUCCCCGUCAAGCAAGCAAGCGGGUCGUCUGCUAAACUUUAAGUACAGUCACGUAAUGUAAUGGCCGAUGGGAGCUCCUCGGAUCGCAUUCGCUUGGGAAGCUCUGCACUCACUGGACAACCUCACGAUUGUCGGACCUGCCGAUCACAAUGGGUCAUGAGAGGACGUGAUUGCGUGUAGACUUUACGAUUCAGGGAGAGUUGUGAUGUCUUUAUGUGUACGGUGAAUGUUCCCAAAGCCGCCCAUUGUAUAAGGCCCUGUACCAUCGCGACAUUCAGUGUACUAGAAAAUUUCUAUUCGCAUCUGGAAAAUUCUUUGAAAUUAUGCCCGACUGGAUCCUGAUGCUGGAGUUACAGGUCUUUAUAAAGUCAAUGCUCUCCUAUUGCCACCC